CCGGCCUUAGCGGCGGCGCGGCGCUCCCUCACAGCGCGGCCCGGCGGGAUGGCGGCGGCAGCGGAGCGGAGCCGCGAUGGCAGCUGCCACUUCCAGCGUUCCCGGCUCAUCUUUAUGAUCGCCAUCAUCUUCGGCAUGGUCGUCCUUGGUUGGGUAACGCUUUGGCCUUCAACUAUACCUUAUAGUUACUUGGGAAUAUUUGGUACCUUCCUUAAUUAUUUAGUGGAACACCACCACAAGUGGGUUUGCUACAUGUUCUGGGUAUCCUGGUUGAUUCACAUAGUGGAAGCUCUCUAUGGUAUCAAGAUGUGCCAAGCUAAAGGAAUCACUGACCCGGCUGUUCAGUUCCAGUGGUUUGUUCAGACCCUUUUAUUUGGAUAUGCUUCCUUUGGUCUCCUGGUGUCUUACAAGCCUGCAGCCAAGAAGCAGUACUAGAAGACAAUGAAAGAAGUCACUUCUCACCUACUUCAUCUCUUUUUUCUGAAAAGACCCCCACAUACAUGUCUAGGUGCUAUAAUUAACUAAAUUACAUUCCUGCUGCAUGAUGCAGUGCCCUUCUACCCAAGCAACUCUCCUCUUACUAAGCAACACAAUUAAAAUUCACAGGGCCCUGUGGAUAGUUCAGUAGAAAAUCAGCCCUUCAGUCUUGGCACUGCCAAAGUUUAAUCCUAUUUAUUAUGCAAGAAGCCAAAAGUUGAUCCUCUGCAGAUUUUGACAUGUAUACUGUGUCACUGACAGCUGGUAGCAGUGGCUAAUAAAUUACCUUUCCAUGAGAACAAUUUUUCUUCUCCAACAGGGAGUGUUAUUGAGAGCCAGAAGGCAGCUUGCACCUGUUUUGUAACAGGCUUUAAAUUUACCUAUCUUUUCUCUACAGGACUAACGUUGUUGUUAAACCCUGCUCUUUUUACUUUGUUUUGUCUGCUUAUUUUAUUCCACAAAGGACAGACCACUGUACUGCUGCAGGCACAUUGAAAAGACCAGGUCUCAGCUCAGGCUGAGACGCAGUGAGCUUGGAUACAUAAAGCACUUUAACUUGGUUCAAUACAAGUGCCUUAAAAGUCAUGCAGCAUGACCUCACCUUUUUAAUGAAGAUUUUAAGUUAUGAGUUAUUAUAGUAUAAAGUAGCUUUGAGGACAGCUUUUUUAAGAAGUAGUUUAUGAUCCAAAGAAAAAAAAAAUUAUCAUUCAAAAAUCUAGCUGAAAAGUUGACAUUUGGGAAUGAAAUUAGAUGUAGUGAAUAAACAUAUAGCACUGUUUCCCAGGUCUUCUGAAACCUAAGGUUGAGAGACCAUCAUAAGCACCCCUCAAGAGUAUUUCCUGUAUGUGUAGUGAGUCUUCCAUCAGAUUGUCUUUAACUUCUGAAUAUUUGAACAAGAAUUUAACCUGUGUAGUUUUAGCACUUUUAAAAGGAAUAACUAUUUAAAGUACUAACUCUGGUGUGGGGAGAAGUUUUACCAUGCCACUUGGCAUGAUCCUGUUCUGGAAGAAAGGGUAAGAAAAGGUUGUUCUUUCUCCAACCUCUAAGAGCUCCACAAGGCUGUAACAGGUGACUUUGUGCCUUGUGCAGUACCUGCAGACUGCAACACUUUGAUGUGGGAAGCCUUACUCAAGCACAGGUACAUAAAGUUUUUGCUUUCAGUGGGUACUGAAAGCAUGGAGAGCUGAAGGAUUUGAUAUGGUGGUUUGUGGUUUGGGUUUUGUUGUUUAAUGGCAAAUUGUUAACUUAAGCAUUUUAUAGAGAAGCAGAAACUCAUUUAAUGGCUAGAAAUCCAAUGGGAAUGUCAAGAGCCUGAGCUACGUUUCACUGUGUAACCUUUUGUCUUAGUCUGUGAUCCUGGAAUAAAGAUUUUUUUUGAAAGUGAA